UCCUCGUGUUUUAUACAAUAAUUUAGUUACCUUAUUAUACGGCUGUAUACGACGCGAGUGGAGAAAGAUUGUAAUCUUAUAUAGAUUGGAAGAAUACUAUACGGCUUGUCUACGAUAUCACCCCUGGUGGAAGUGGACAUAAAGUCCAGAAACGAACAUACACGAACCAUACGUCUCGUGAGUCUUGUAUAGACCGACUAAUAUGGUUCGCAAGGCUACAUUCUUUCGAUCCCUUCUUCUACUCACAUAUGCCCUUGUUCUAUUGUUCAUUUACCUUAAGUUUCAAUCAGUACCUAACCUACAAAAAUCAACUAUGUUUCCAACCGUACCCAAGUCACAAACAUUACCCAACAGUACAACGGGAGGGAACGUGCUAGUGUUGCUCGACGUUGUUAUAACGUUUCCUCUGUUAACAGACCCGGUCAUAAUGAAUUCUUCCAGUUACUCCAUAUAUCCACGAGAAAAGAUGGAAGAGCGUUUAGCUGAAUAUAUAAAAUGUUUAGAAAUAACUUUAAGUCAUCCAUACGUUUCUAAUGUACACUUUCUGUACGACCAACCACAGAUCAUCAGAUAUAUUCAAACUCAUGUAACAACCAAUCAAAACAAGUUAUUAUUCCAUAAAGUAAACGACUCAACAUUAUCAAGCACCGCUUACGAAUUCGUAUUUUCUUAUCUGAACGGACGACUUGUGAUGGUCAAUCAAGCCGACGUUUAUCCGGGAAAAGGUUUGGAUUUAAUUUCUAAAGAUGUCAUGGUUUCUAAUAAGUUGAUGUAUGCUUUAACCCGACAUGGUCGUGUGGAAAGGAAGUGUGAUAUGAGACCAGGAACCACCUGUACUGAUACGGGAUACAGAGGUUCACACGAUACAUACAUCUUCGUACCACAAGGGAAAUUACCCCCAGCAGCAUGGAACUCUUUAAGUCAUCGUUCAUCUGCUUUUGGAAUCGAUAAUGUGCUUAUAUGGACUUUCAAGAAUAUUUUAAAAUAUAAAGUACUGAACCCAUGUAAAGUGAUAACAAUGUUUCACUACCAUUGUUCUGGUGUACGACCUACAGCCGCUGGAAAACGAGUAAAUAACAGUACGAACACCGGAAUGUCUAGACCCACCGAGAACCUCAUGUGAUAUGUAAGCACGGUGAUAAGCUUAAAGGGACGUAUGGCUCUAUUCUUUGCAACCUUAAAACACGCAUAUUAAUGUAAAAAUUAUGUUCAAUUUCUAAUCAAGUUAUGUUCGGUUAAAUACGUGAACAGUCCAAAUAGAACGACAGUCGUUUACGCCUGCUUAGUAAAUUUAUAAAAUUUAUUUUAAUGAUUAUUUUGUCGUUUGUGAAUCAGCCAUUACUAAUUACUUCCGCAUUGUCGUUUCGGGUGUGUUUUCUUUGUUCGUUACAAAUAAACCCGGAAAUCAUAGAACACACUCGUAUAAUGAUUAUAAAAUAUUGUUUAUAAGGCAUUUAGUGAUAGAAUUAACACGAACACAACUUUAUUGAUAACAAUCAUUAGCAACUUUAAUUGUGCAACGUUUCAACAAGUAUCCUCUUGCCGUUAUCGUUUACCCUGUGUUUGAUAACGACAAUGUUUAUUGUAUUUUAAAUAUUGGAUAGUAGGAUCUCAUAUUUUCAAGGCAAGACAACAACAUCAGUAUUGAUUGAAAUGGACCAAAGUUGAGUUGUAAUGCGUGUUUAAAUUCCAAAUAUAAUGGGAAAUAUUGAAUUGUUAUAUUGAAGCUUUAGAAAUGGAAAUUGAAACAGUAUUGAGUUGUUCCAGAAACAUUAGUAACAUAGGCGUAGGAGCCAAGCACCUCCCCCACCGCUAGAUUCGGUGAACCGUCCAUUUUUCGGGCAAUUUAUUUCCGUUUCUCGGGCACAACAGAGUUGUUUUUUGCUUAACCUAUUAACAUUGUAAAUCUAAUAUUGUUAUGUAAUUGUGUAAUUUAUUAAAAAUAAGCAACCACCACA